CUGGUAACGGCAGCGGCCGCCACAGCAGGGCCGGCCCCAGCGCCAGCUCCGGCCGCGGCUCGGGCGGCUCAGUGUGGGGGUGAGCGGCGGCGCAGCCGGGCCGGGGGAGCGGGCGCUGCCCGGCGGCCUCAGUAUGGAGGACGGUUUCUCGAGCUACAGCAGCCUGUACGACACGUCCUCGUUGCUCCAGUUCUGCAACGAUGACAGCGCCUCCGCGGCGAGCAGCAUGGAGGUGACGGACCGCAUCGCCUCGCUGGAGCAGCGGGUCCAGAUGCAAGAGGACGACAUCCAGCUGCUGAAGUCCGCCCUGGCCGACGUGGUCCGGCGGCUGAACAUCACCGAGGAGCAGCAGGCCGUGCUGAACCGGAAAGGACCGACCAAAGCAAGACCGCUGGUGCAGGCCCUGCCUCUGAGAACCACCGUCAACAACGGCACUGUGUUACCAAAGAAACCAAGCGGCUCCCUGCCGUCCCCCUCCGGCACCAGGAAAGACACGGCGGUGGCGGCGACACCCAAAAGCACCGUCAAGCGGACCAGCUCUUCCGAACGCGUGUCCCCCGGCGGCCGCAGGGAGAGCUACGGGGACCCCAAAGGCAACCGGAACCGCACGGGCUCCACCAGCAGCUCCUCGAGUGGCAAAAAGAACAGUGAAAGCAAACCCAAGGAGCCCGUCUUCAGCGCGGCCCUUCUGUCUCUGUCUCCGAAAUCCCAAGGGAAGCGCCGGGUGACACACUGCAAAGAGGAAGGGUACGUGAAGAUGUUCCUCCGCGGCCGCCCCGUCACCAUGUACCUGCCCAGGGACCAGGUGGACUCCUACAGCCUGGAGGCCAAGGCGGACCUCCCGCCCAAGAGGCUCAAGCUGGAGUGGGUCUACGGGUACCGGGGCCGAGACUGCCGGAACAACCUGUACCUGCUGCCCACGGGCGAGACGGUGUACUUCAUCGCGUCUGUGGUCGUGCUGUACAACGUGGAGGAGCAGCUACAGAGGCACUACGCCGGCCACAAUGACGACGUGAAGUGCCUGGCGGUGCAUCCGGACAAGAUCACGAUAGCCACGGGACAGGUCGCCGGCACGUCCAAGGACGGCAAACAACUGCCCCCACACGUGCGCAUCUGGGACUCCGUGACGUUGAACACCCUGCACGUCAUCGGGACGGGGUUUUUCGACCGAGCCGUCACCUGCAUUGCCUUCUCUAAGUCGAAUGGAGGGAGCACCCUGUGUGCCGUGGACGACUCCAACGACCACGUGCUGUCCGUGUGGGACUGGCAGAGGGAGGAGCGGCUGGCGGACGCCAAGUGCUCCAAUGAAGCUGUGUUCGCCGUGGAUUUCCACCCCACGGACACCAACAUCAUAGUCACCUGUGGAAAAUCACACCUCUACUUCUGGACGCUAGAAGGAAACUGCCUCAUUAAGAAGCAAGGGUUAUUCGAGAAGCAAGAAAAGCCAAAGUUUGUCCUCUGCGUGACUUUUUCCGAAAACGGCGACACCAUUACCGGAGACUCGAGCGGCAACAUCUUGGUGUGGGGGAAAGGUACGAACCGGAUAAGCUACGCCAUCCAAGGGGCCCACGAGGGCGGCAUUUUCGCACUUUGCAUGUUAAGGGACGGCACCCUGGUGUCGGGAGGAGGCAAGGACCGAAAGCUCAUUUCCUGGAAUGGAAACUACCAGAAACUUCACAAAACUGAGGUCCCAGAGCAGUUCGGUCCCAUUCGGACAGUGGCCGAGGGGAAAGGCGACGUGAUCCUGAUAGGCACGACCAGGAACUUCGUCCUCCAGGGCACGCUGUGCGGGGACUUCGCGGCCAUCACUCAGGGUCACACGGAUGAGCUCUGGGGACUGGCCGUCCAUGCCUCCAAACCUCAGUUCCUGACCUGCGGGCACGACAGACAUGCCACUCUGUGGGACGCCGUCGGUCACCGGCCGGUCUGGGACAAAGUCAUAGAGGAUCCAGCUCAGUCUUCUGGUUUUCAUCCUUCAGGGUCUGUGGUUGCAGUCGGGACACUGACCGGGAGGUGGUUUGUGUUCGACACGGAAACGAGGGACUUGGUCACGGUGCACACGGACGGGAACGAGCAGCUGUCCGUCAUGCGGUACUCGCCAGAUGGGAACUUCCUGGCCAUAGGCUCCCACGACAACUGCAUCUACAUCUACGGGGUCAGCGACAACGGGAGGAAGUACACGCGCGUGGGCAAGUGCUCGGGCCACUCCAGCUUCAUCACCCACCUGGACUGGUCCGUGAACUCGCAGUUCCUCGUGUCGAAUUCCGGGGACUACGAAAUCCUUUACUGGGUCCCCUCUGCCUGCAAGCAAGUCGUCAGCGUGGAGGCCACGAGAGACGUCGAGUGGGCCACGUGCACCUGCACCCUGGGCUUCCACGUCUUCGGGGUGUGGCCCGAAGGCUCGGACGGAACCGACAUCAACGCCGUGUGUCGGGCCCGCGAGGAGAAAGUCCUGUCGACGGGCGACGACUUCGGCAAAGUGCACCUCUUCUCCUACCCGUGCUCGCAGUUCCGGGCUCCCAGCCACGUGUACAGCGGCCACAGCAGCCACGUCACCAACGUCGAGUUCCUCUGCGACGACAGCCACCUCAUCUCCACGGGCGGCAAGGACACGAGCAUCAUGCAGUGGCGGGUCGUGUAGCACUGGCACGGCCGAGGGAGCGGAGCGGCCCGGGGGCACCAGCUCGGGCACCCGGUCACUGUGAUUUCUGUUUCGUCUGCAAAGUUCUCACAAACCUCAGGAAACCACGCCCCGCACCGGUUACCUUAGCCUAGCGGGUCGGCGAGCGCCACGUGGGGUCGGCCGUUCAGGUCUCUCGCCUGCACCGUGGAUAAGACACAGUUAAUGCAAGAAACCGCCAGGGUUUACGUGACGGCGACAUCAGCAGAUUGGUAUGUGCUUCGUCACCUUUCUACGGACUCUCGGAACUCGGUCACAGAAUGCCUUUUCAAACGCUGUACGUGGGCUCGCCUCUCUGCCGUGUGUGACACAA